AUGUCGGCUCUGGAGCCAGGCACAGAGUCAGCCUCAACGACCAAUGAACUCCAGCAAUACCGCCAAAAUACAGAUGAGCCGCGCAGGUGUCGAAAUAAGCGCGCGGGACAAUCGGAUGACAGUCGUGAUCUCGGCGAGCGGCAAGCAAAACGAAUGUGCCGCCAACGCAUCACGCACAUAAUCGAAAUGGAAAAGACCGCCAAAUCCUCAUCAAAAGGCAGACAAUGGACGAAGAAGGACCUUCAAUCCAUCAUCUCACGAGUACUGAAGGCUCCUUUCCUGGAAGCAUCGGCCUUUCAUUCUUCGGCUUCGGUAGUGGGCAAUACGGUCAACAUCCCCUCGGUCCCAGCCUACGUCCUCGAAGACCUCCGACCUCUACUUGCAUUGAAUUCUACCACUGCCAGGUGGAAAAUUGACUUCCAACGUACCAGUUCACGGAAAGGCCGUUUGACCAUCACAAUGCCUUCUCAUUCGCAUGAAAGGUUCAUCGAUGUCAUGGAGGACAUAGAGAAUCAGAUGCGAGCUAGCUUUGUGCCACAAGUAAAGCGCAAGGUCAUCUGGCAGACACGCAAUACCGAGGUCAAAACAGACUCGAAUGACGACAUGGAACCUGAUGGAGGGUUAUCAUUUUACAAGCCUGACAGAACAUUCCUCGUGCUUGAGGUUGCUCAUUCGCAGAAAGAGAAGAAAGCUCGACGAAAGGCUCAACGUUACGUCCUGGAAACCAAUCGGAAAAUCAAGAUCGUGGUUAUUGUUAUCGUCAACAAAAGGCCAACUCCAAAGGGUCAAUCUACUACGUCUGUCAGUCUGUCCGCAGAGACUGAUACUGUGCACGUGGCUGUGUGUAAGUCUAUUGAGGAACCCGACGCUAUCACGGGCGAAUACGUGGUGGAUAGAUUGCAAAUCUUUCCCGGUCCAGUCCCAGAGAAAACAUUUGACAUCACGUGGUCUGAUGUCAACAGAGGCCCUUGGGACAGGUUUCGGGAUGGUAUGCGCCUACCACUUGACACACCUGAGCCCGUGUGUCAUGUCAAUUUCCAGGAUCUCCACCGGAUCGCCAUGGCACUUGCGAACGACCCCAACUCUCCGGUGACGACGACAAUGUGGGACUCAGAUGCCGAAACCCCCCCACCCAAGAAAGCAGGCAAGAUCUUCGAUCCUAGCUCGAGCCCAGACAAGAUCCCUUCAAGCUCAAGCUCUGGCUCAAGUGCGGAGGGUCGACGAGUAGAUCCAAGUUAUUCGCAUUCUGAGACCUCGUCUAAUGAGUCAGAUUGA